AUGCAUCGGCCAGCAGUCGCCCGUCUGGCCCAAUAUGGGUCCACGGCCAUGGCUGAAUUGCCACCCCCCUACUUGGCGCCAUCCCUCCAUUUCUCGAUGCCCCGAUCCAACGUGCAGACCUCGAACUUCUCUACGACCCCCGUCGUCGCCGCUGGUCGUGGACGCGACAUGAACCGAACCCGCGGCGUGUCGGCAAUUCACCGGACUGGAACAAGAUUCAAUCUGAGCGCGUCGAAAUACCCUUUACCGAAGCCCGUGUCGCCCGACCAGAUGAAGCCGCGGCCUGCAACACCUAACCACGGCCUCUGGGGCUUCUUCCCACCCUCCCAUGAGGCAUUGAGCACCACCGAAUUCGAUGCUGCUUUUGGCCGGCCAUGGUCCGUUCAAGAGCUGCGCAACAAAAGCUGGGAUGACCUUCAUAAGCUGUGGUGGGUGUGUGUUAAGGAGCGCAACCGUAUUGCCACCUCGAACUUGGAGCGGUCACGACUGAAGGCUGGAUUCGGUGACCACGAGGCCAACCAGCGCGAUGAGGCGAUUGUUGUCACCCAGAAGACUAUCAAGCAUGUUCUCCGUGAGCGCUGGCACGCUUGGGAAGAAGCCAGCCGCCUAUAUGCUAAGGGGUACCGCCCACAGGAUCAGGACACUAUGGAGCAGGAGACCAUGGAAGAGGUAGCUCCGGCUGAGGACCCCUUUAAGGAGGAUAUUGUGAAGGAGACCAAGCUAUGA